GCUAGAGUAUGAUUUUUCCCGAGAUCGAUGACGCGGCCACUCGAAGCGCUGCCAUGGAUUGCAUAAUGCAUCAAAGGAGUAGAUAAGAAGAAGCUCUACUUCAUAGAGGCUUGAGCGUGCGAGUUGCCUGUGCAAUGAAGAUCGGUAGGCGACGUAAUCGCCUCCUCGAGUUCGCCGGCGCCUACCUCGUCGCGUCCGCGCAUGGAUGGCUUGCACCAGCAAUCAGAGUGUCCAGCAGGCACCGCUGGGACGCGUCGUGCGACCGACGGCGGCACAGAGUGCAACACCGAUUGCACUCGCUGCCGCCGGGCGUGACCGACCCCCAGGAGAACCUGCCGAGCGGCUGGGAGGUCUGGGACGAAGGUGGCACCUAUACCUAUUAUAAUGUGAUAGAGGAUGGGUACGAGAAGCCCACCACGGUGCAUCCGUUCUACGGCGACGUCCGCACCGCCGAGGCGAUAGCGGCCGACGUGGCGCUCGAGGCGCUCGUGGCCGGCGCCGAGGCGCCGUUCCUGCCGCUGGACGGCCCGGACGAGGGCGUCACGCCAGCGCUUGGUGGUCGCGUCGACGGCGCGCUGCCGGAAGCCACGCCGGGCGCCUGGGACGCGCCGGCCGACAGCUAUAAGCCGCCGCUCGGCGAUCGCGUCGACGCGGCCCUGGACGCGCUCGCGGCGGACCCGGAGCCGUACACGCCGCAGCUCGGCGGCCGCGUCGACGCCGCGCUUGACGCGCUCACGACUUGGGAGGACAGCAGUCCCUCCGAGGCCUCGUGGGACACGGAGUGGGCGUCGUCGGAGGCGCCCUCGGAGGCGCCGCCGGACGCAUCUGCGUCGCGCGCGCUGGACCUCUUCGCGUCCGCGCUCACGGACGAGCAGCUCGGGGAGGCGGGCCUCGAUGAACCGCGCGUCAUCGGCCUCGACGGCCGGCCUCUAGACGCCGACGAUGCCGCCGACAACGCGCCGACGGCCGCCGUCGACGUCGAGGAUUUCUUAGAUUUCAUCGAAGAACAAGAGGAGGAGGAGAUCGAAUUUUAUGAUGAGCGGUUAGGCGUCGUGCCGUCCCACGAGCUCAUCGAGGUGGAUGAAGAUGGAGAUCCAAUAACCGAAACCGCUAGAAUGACGUACGUCGACGAGGCGACGUGCGUCGGCUGUACAUUAUGCGCCGGCAUCGCGCCUUCGACAUUUCAGAUGACCGACGACCACGGCCGCGCUCGGGUCUUCAACCAAGAGGGUGAAGACGAAGAGACGAUUACGGAGGCCAUUUCGACCUGUCCCGUGUCGUGCAUCCACUUCGUGCCCUGGGACGAGUUGGUGAGGUUGGAGCAGGAAAGGGCCGAGGUGAUGACGGCGUACAAUUUCAAGUCUCGUUUGGUCGGUAAUGAUGGGUUCUUAUAUGCGGAAGGAGGCGGCCAGUCGCAGGACAUCUCGACGAAUUCUAUGCUGCGGUGCAACAACUGCCCGUCGAACGAGUGCGAAGAUUGCCCCAUGUUCGGUGUGGGUGAUCGCGUCAACGGUAAAGCGUGCGGCAACUGUCCCACCAACGGUUGCCUGGGCUGUCCUUUGGCCACCGAAUACCCCGAGUUCAGUAAAAUUCGGGCAAGGCGGGAUAGGAAGCGGCGCAAUUUGAUCAGGCAGCGCAAGGAGGAGGCCGCCGAGCGGCUGGGCCUGACGAGCGGCGCUGAGCGCGAGCUCUGAGCGGCGCCCCGGACGGCGCCGACGCGGCCACCACAUACACGGCCGCGGCUAUUUAACGUAUAUGUUGUAUUUAACUUACGCCAUCGCGU